AUGGAAGAAACGGCGGUGUACGUGGUGUUCGCCGGGGCAUCUGCGGCGGCGCAACACUCAUUGCUGGUGGUGACUGGUUCAAGGGAGCUUCAGUGGAUGAAGUGGUGCUACAAGUUCACAAGGUUCUGCUUUCAGAUCGGAAGUGCCAUCAUCUUAAACUACAUCGCAGCGGUGCUCAUGAUCAUCCUCUCCUUCAUCUCCGCCUUCAACCUCUUCCGCCUCUACUCCCCUAAACGUUAUUUUCAGUUUAAGUCCUCCUCAUAA